UCCGAUAAUCACAGCUUCUCACGCCUUAUUCGAAGAAUCUAAACCCUAAUCCCUCUCCGUACUUUGUUGCUACAGUGUACUUAGGAGGAGGCUCGAGUUAAAGUUCAGUCUCGCUACUCUCCCUUCCUCUCGGCUUCUGUCUCUUAUCUUCUCUUUAUAUGUAUUGAGUUCAUAUGCUGUAGAUUGGUUGUGAAGAGGGAUCGGUAUGGCAGCGGAGAAUUCAGGUCCGAAAUCGAGCUCAACGGCGGAUUCGUACAUAGGGAGCUUGAUAAGCUUGACAUCGAAGAGUGAGAUCAGAUACGAGGGUGUUCUUUACAACAUCAACACCGAGGAGUCCAGUAUUGGAUUGAGAAAUGUACGAUCUUUUGGAACCGAAGGAAGGAAAAAGGAUGGUCCACAAGUUCCCCCUAGUGACAAAGUUUAUGAGUACAUUUUGUUCAGAGGAAGUGAUAUCAAGGAUUUGCAGGUUAAAUCUUCUCCACCUGUUCAGUCUACACCACCUAUAACCAAUGACCCAGCUAUUAUACAGUCUCACUAUCCUCGCACGGUUUCCACAUCUAGCAGCUUGCCUUCUGCUGUUAGUGGGUCUUUGACUGAUCUUAGUUCCCAUAAUGCACAAGUGGGGCUACCUGGUUCAAAUUUUCAAGGUGGCCUGCCACUAUAUCAACCUGGAGGGAGUUUAGGGUCAUGGGGAGCUUCACCUCCUCCCCCAAAUGCAAAUGGUAGUGGGCUUGCUAUGCCUAUGUAUUGGCAAGGAUACUAUGGCCAUCCCCCCCAAAAUGGGCUUCCGCCUUUGCACCAACAAUCUUUGCUUCGACCCCCACCUGGGCUAUCCAUGCCUCCUUCUAUGCAGCAACCUAUGCAGUAUUCUAGUUUCAAUGCUCCUUUACCCACUGGGUCCUCAAAUAUUCAAGGUUCAAACUUGCCUGAAGCACCAUCUCCUUUACUUCCUACUGGUGCUAGUUCUCAUAGUUUAACUCCAAGUUCCUUACUGCCAUCCACUUCAUCAUCAAUUUUGUCGUCCUCUCUGCCUCCAGUACCCUCUGCAACACUAGCCUUGGAGACAUUGCCUAGUUCAUUGCCUAAUAGAGCUCCUAAUGCUGCCCUUCCUGUUGCGACGCCAAACACUAGCUUGCCAUCACUCUCUCCUCUGAUUACCUCCAGUUCGGCAAUCAAUGCUAUUGUACCACCAGUCUCCAAGCCAAAUACAGUUUCCAGUCAAAACUUGCUGUAUCAGAAUGCUCCUCAACCAACAUCCUCCAUUGUUGGAACAUCUAGUUCUAUGCACAUGGAAACACCAAUCCCUUCAUUGAUUACCCCAGGUCAGCUGUUACAGUCUGGAUCUACAGCAGUCCCAUCAUCUCAACCUGCACAAACUGCUCAAAAAGAUGUGGAGGUGGUGCAAGUAUCAUCAUCAUCCACAACAUCAGAACAACCUGCUCCAGUUAGUGCAGAAGCUCAGCCACCUAUAUUGCCGUUACCCAUACCUUCACGGGCAGGCCAAAAGCCAAAUGGAGCUCCUUUCCAAACUCGUCAUGGGUACAGGGGACGUGAAAGAGGACGAGGAGCUGGGAGUUCGCGGCCCGUAACAAAGUUCACUGAAGAGUUUGAUUUUAUGGCAAUGAAUGAGAAAUUCAAAAAAGACGAAGUAUGGGGUCAUCUUGGUAAGAAUAACAAGUCUCAUUCAAAAGACAAAGAAGGGGAUGGAGGAGACAGUGAUGAAGGUUCUGAAGAGGAAGAUGAUGCUGAGUUAUCUAGAGUUGAGAUCAAGCCUCUUUAUAAUAAGGAUGACUUUUUUGAUUCUCUCUCCUCUAACGCACUUGAUCAUGAUUCACAAAAUGGAAGAACUAGAUUCUCCGAGCAAAUGAAAUUAGAUACCGAGACUUUUGGUGACUUUCCAAGAUAUCGUGGGGGUCGAGGUGGCCGUGGGCCUAUGCGCGGAGGUCGUUCUCGUGGUGGUUAUUAUGGAAGGAGCCAUGGUUAUGGCUAUGGCUAUGGCUAUGGCUAUGGCUAUGGCUAUGGCUAUGCAAGGGGCCGCGGCCGAGACAUGUCGGGACGGUCUUCGUAAGUGGGUAUUGGUAUUUUAAAAUGUGACCAUGGGUAAACUGAAAACCAAGGUCACUAGAAAGUAGUUGAUCCAGCAUGGUCCUAAUGUUUGUGGUUUCUUUUCUUGUCCAGAAAAUAAACCAUAGAAUAAGUUUAGUUUCAUGUCAUGUUGUUUUUAACUUUCUCUCUUUUUUUUUUUUUGUGACCGUUAGACAGUCAUUUUAUGAAAGUGAAGAAGGAUCUUGUUUCAAACUAUAAGAAAUGCUUGUUUAUCAAUCAUUGAGUUGAACUCUGACUUGAA